AUGUUCGCCAAGCUUGCCGUUGUCUCUACGAUCGUCGCGACCGUCCUCGCGCACGGUAACAUCACCUCGCCCCCUGCGCGUAUCGCUGGUGCGGCCAUGGCCAAGGCCUGUGGUCAGGCGGCCGUGUCGACUGUUGUGGCCGACGGCACCACACCUAUCGAGAAUGUGAAGGGCACUGGCGCAAACUGCAACCUCUUCCUGUGCCGUGGCGCCGUGUUCGAGGACAACAAGGACCGCCUCCAGACCUUCAAGGCGGGCCAGGUGAUCCCGAUGAAGGCCGCCCUCCCCAUCCCCCACGAGGGUCCCAUGAACGUCUCCAUUGUCGACACAAGGACCAACAAGGCCAUCGGCGAGCCCCUCAUAGUCUUUGACAGCUACGCCGACGAGAAGCUCCCCCAGCUGCCGCCAAACAACACCGCCUUCUCCGUCACCAUGCCUCAGCUCCCCGCCAACAAGUGCACCGUCGGCGGCGAGUGCGUUCUGCAGUGGUUCUGGUUCGGCACUGCCGCCAAGCAGACGUACGAGAGCUGCGUCGACUUUGUCCAGGGAUAA